AUGACGUUCGUGCCCACCGCUGCUGCCUCCCUGCUCGCCGUCACACUCGUCUUCGCGUUCCUCACGCGGAAGAGACGCAGGAAUGCGCUCCCUCUCCCGCCGGGUCCGCGUCCCCUGCCAUUCAUCGGCAACGCCCUCGACAUGCCCUCGAAGGAAAUGCGCACUGCGUUCAAGGAGAUGAACCAGAAGUACGGCGACAUUGUCUACCUAGACGCGCUCGGGCAGCCCAUGAUCAUCGUCGGGUCACACGAGGUCGCGGUGGACCUCCUGGAGAAGCGGUCAUCAAACUACUCGGACCGGGCUCCAUCGGCAAUGAUUGACAUGCACGUAUUUCUUCUACCGCACCGCUUUGGGUGGGCUUUCACGGUGCACAGGUACGGACAAGAGUGGCGACGCAACCGGCGCGCGAUGCACCAGUACUUCAACGCGAACGCCGUGGCACAGUACGCGGCGUCGCAGAAGCUGGAGGCGCACCGGCUAGCGCGCCGAAUGAUCGACGACCCAGAGCAUUUCCGACAGCACAUCAGGCGCUUCUUUGGGUCGUCUGCGCUGCGCAUUUCGCACGGCAUCGAAGUGGACGAUGAUCCUGUGGACUACCUGAAGAUCGCAGAGGAAGCGAUGGAUAUUUUCUCGACCGCGUUUGAGCCAGGGAAACACCUCGUCGAGGUGCUUCCUUGGCUCGCGCGCAUGCCGUCCUGGUUCCCAGGAGCUGGAGUCAAGCGCGAUGGGGAGGUUUGGAGACCGAUCGUCUAUAAGAUGGUCUCGGUGCCGUGGGAUGCAGCCAUGGAGAACAUGCGGCGGGGAACGGCGGUUCCGUCCAUGGUUAAAGGUCUUAUGGAGCGCAUGCGAGAAGACGACGGACCUGACGAAGAAGAGGUCAUCAAGAACGCCUCGGCGGUGACGUUCGCCGGUGGUUCGGAUACAACUUUCUCGACGAUGCAGACCUUCUUCAUGGCGAUGACAAUGUACCCCGAGGUACAGAGGAAAGCUCAAGACGAGCUCAUGGCCGUCGUUGGUCCCCACCGCCUUCCGGACAAGGACGACGAACCUUCUCUUCCAUAUAUACAAGCGAUAACCAAAGAGUGCAUCCGCUGGCGCUCCGUAGUUCCGCUCAGUGUGCCACACCGCUCCUUGGAAGACGACGAGUACAAGGGCUACUUCAUCCCCAAGGGUUCGAUUAUCAUCACUAACAUAUCCGCGUUCUCACAUGACCCCAGAAUAUAUCCGAACCCGGACCCCUUCAGCCCCGAGCGGUUCCUUAAGGAUGGCGAGAUAGACCCCACUGUCCAGGACCCCGCAGCAAUAGCGUUUGGGUAUGGUCGUCGGGUGUGUCCUGGAAAGCACUUUGCGGAAACAUCGCUAUUCAUCGUGAUCGCCACGGUGCUCCACACACUUAGCGUGUCCCCGGUAGUCGGACCCGACGGCCAACCAAUCAUGCCGUCGGGAGAGAUGACGCAUGGACUACUCUCGUCAGUACCUUUCUGUGGACACCGUUAG